AUGACAACUAGUCAUCCAACUAGGCAAUCUUCUUUACCUGAUAUCCAUCCAAUUAUUCAACAAUCAAGGAGCCUUCAAUCCUCUUCCGAAAAAAGAAUAAAAAAUAUCGUUGGAAGCGCAAAAUCUGGAACGGUUAAUUACCUGCCAGACAUGAAAGCAUUCGACCCAGAUCUUGUUCCUCCAAAAGCUAAGCAAGUUGUUGAAGAAAUCAAAGAAUUCAUAGCACUUGAUAUUCUUUGCCUCAAAAAGCAAGCCUGAAACCGUAGCACUUAUGUGGAUCGCACAAAAUAUUAUUCAGACCAAAUUCCUCUUGAAAAGAAAAAAUUCGAAAUUAGGCAAGGCCUUCGCGAUUUUAACGAGCCCGAAGCAAAUAAAACAAAAAGCAAUAAAAUGUGGUCAGGGACUGAAACACGUAAUAACUAUACCAAUUGAAAUGUGAGCACAGAAUUCAAUAUUCGCGAAUCUAAUAAAAAUAAUCAAAAAUUGUAACUUUUACACAGAACACAAGAAUCAAUGCAAGAAACAGCCAAAAAAAAUAAGAAAUUGCUUCAAAUUAAAGGAUAUGUGAAGCCUGAUGAAGGUCAAACAAUUUUGAAUGAAAAAUUAAGGGAUAUAAAAAACCAAGAGGAAGAACUUAGGAAUAAAAUAAGGCAAGAGUAUUUAUAUGAAUGUCCUGGAUCAAGCAAAGAAAAAACUGCAGCUGGGGUGUUUAAGAUGGUGGAAAAAUAUAAAAUUAAACAGAGACAAGCUGAGAUUGCGAAGGUUGAAAUUCAUGAUGAAACCUUUAAGCCUGCACUAGGAAAAACACUAAAAACGAGGAAAACGAAAGAAUAUUUUCAUGAUGGAGCGUGGGUUAUGAAUGAAGAUUUAGAAAAAGAAGCUUGGUCUUGCUGCAUGAAUGAAGAUGAAACAUCGAAAGGCUGCUGCGUUCGAAUAAGAGAUCUAGACAGAUGGCAAACUAUUUCUAUGUAA